AUGCGCACCGCGCCCCACGAGUUCUACGGCGGCACGAUGGUGGCCACGCCCAGCGUCGACGUGGACGUCGGCGACGACGGCUCGGCGCCCGCUUCUUUCACCGCGUGGUUGGCGAGCGGCCGGUUCGGCGGCGUGCCGGCCGCGGCCAGCGCCGUGGCAGACCUGCCGGAGACGACGGUGACCACGGGCGGCGACGGCGAGGAGACCUGCUGCGCGGUGUGCCUGGAGGGGUACGAGGCCGGCGACGCGCUGAGGACGAUGCCGUGCGCGCACGCGUUCCACGGGGAGUGCAUCGUGGAGUGGCUCUCGGUCAGCAGCUUCUGCCCGCUCUGCCGCUUCAAGCUGCCCACCCAGGCGGAGAAGGACGCCGCCGGCCAACACCAACAGGCGGCGCGCCUGGGAUAG